CUAGAAAACCUCUGCCGGGUCGGGAGCCGUGCCACGGGCGGCGUUGUCCUGGUCCAGCUGUGUCCCACGGUGGCUGCCGUGGCAAUGAGGGGGGUGCAGGACCCCGGCCCCCCUCUGCCAGGUUAUGCUGCCCCGAGAGCGUCCCCUGAGCCCCCGCGAGAAGGAGAAGGGCUAAGCCGGCCGUCCCGGGGUGCCACGCCGGCGCCAUGACCCACUCCCAGGUGUCUUCCGAGAUCCACCACAUCGUCUCCUCCGCCUUCCAGAGCCCUGAGCAGGAGGCUGGCGCCGGCUCGCCCGUGUUCGAGGAGGAGGAGGAGGAGAAGGACCUGAACAAGGCGCUGGGCGUGGAGCGCUUCGAGGAGAUCCUGUGCGACGCGCACCCUCGCAACGCGGAGGAGUCCGGGCGCAGCUAUGGCGAGGAGGACUUCGAGUACCACCGCCAGUCAUCCCACCACAUCCACCACCCACUCUCCACGCACCUGCCCCCCGACACCCGCCGCAAGAAGGGGGUGCAAAAGGGCAAGAAGAAGCACCGCCGUGCCUCUGUCCCUGGCGAGACCCCCACCAGAGAGGCCGAAGAGGAUGAGGACGAGGCGUGCGACACGGAGACGGAGCGGUCGGCGGAGGAGCUCCUGCAGCCCGGCCAGCCUGAGGCGGUGCAGUUCUUCCUGCAGGAAGACGAGGUGACCGACCGCCGGGCAGAGGAGCCGGCGGCACCCGCGGCACUGCCCGGCUCCCCACCGGAGCCCCGUGGGUCCAUCCCCAGGGAAGCCCGGGCAGCCAGCCCCGAUGUGGAGGAGGGAGAUUCGGUGGAGGAGGGAGCGGCCGCCGCCGAGGCCGGCUCCCCCGGUCGCCCCCUUCCCAAGUCGCAGCCGGGGCACCGCAGCUACAACCUGCACGAGCGGCGGCGGAUCGGCAGCAUGACGGGCGCGGAGCAGGCCCGGUACCAGAAGAUGCCGACAGAUGAGUCGGAGGCCCAGACGCUGGCUUCGGCUGACCUGGACUACAUGAAGAGUCACCGCUUCGAGGAUGUGCCGGGGGUGCGCCGGCACCUCGUCCGGAAGAGCGCCAAGGCGCAGGUGGUCCACGUCAGCAAGGACCACAAGGAGCCCAGCACGCGGCACCGCAAGCAGGACCGGCAGCCCCACGAGGUGUUCGUGGAGCUGAACGAGCUGGUGGUGGACAAGAACCAGGAGCUGCAAUGGAAGGAGACGGCACGCUGGAUCAAGUUUGAGGAGGACGUGGAGGAGGAGACGGACCGCUGGGGCAAGCCCCACGUGGCGUCCCUGUCCUUCCGCAGCCUCCUGGAGCUGCGCAAGACCCUGUCCCACGGGGCUGUGCUCCUUGACCUGGACCAGAAGACGCUGCCGGGGGUGGCUCACCAGGUGGUGGAGCAGAUGGUCAUCACUGACCAGAUCCGGGCCGAGGACCGUGCCAACGUGCUGCGGGCGCUGCUGCUCAAGCACAGCCACCCGAGUGACGAGAAGGACUUCUCCUUCCCCCGAAACAUCUCGGCCGGCAGCCUGGGCUCCCUGCUCGUGCACCACCACAGCACCAACCACGUGGCCGAGGGCAGCGAGCCGGCCGUCACCGAGCCCCUCAUCGCUGGCCACGCCGUGGAGCACGACACACGGGUUGACGUGGAGCGGGAGAGGGAGGUCCUCACCCCCACGCCCCCGGCCGGCAUCACUCGCUCCAAGUCCAAGCACGAGCUGAAGCUGCUGGAGAAGAUCCCGGACAAUGCCGAGGCCACGGUGGUGCUUGUGGGCUGCGUGGAGUUCCUGGACCAGCCCACCAUGGCCUUCGUGCGGCUGCAGGAGGCGGUGGAGCUGGACUCGGUGCUGGAGGUGCCUGUCCCCGUGCGGUUCCUCUUCGUGCUGCUGGGGCCCAGCAGCACCCACAUGGACUACCACGAGAUCGGGCGCUCCAUCUCCACCCUCAUGUCCGACAAGCAAUUCCACGAGGCCGCGUACCUGGCCGACGACCGCCACGACCUCCUUAACGCCAUCAACGAGUUCCUGGACUGCAGCGUGGUGCUGCCGCCCUCCGAGGUGCAGGGCGAGGAGCUGCUGCGCAGCGUCGCCCACUUCCAGCGCGAGAUGCUGAAGAAGAGAGAGGAGCAGGAGCGGCGGCUGCUGCUGGAGCCCAAGUCUCCCGAGGAGAAAGCGCUGCUAAAGCUGAAGGUGGUGGAGGGCGAGGGCGAGGAGGAGGAUGACCCUCUGCGGCGCACGGGCCGGCCCUUCGGGGGGCUGAUCCGGGACGUGCGGCGGCGGUACCCCAAGUACCUGAGCGACUUCAAGGAUGCGCUGAACCCCCAGUGCAUUGCGGCCGUCAUCUUCAUCUACUUCGCCGCGCUGUCACCGGCCAUCACCUUUGGAGGGUUGCUGGGGGAGAAGACGCAGGACCUGAUCGGGGUGUCUGAGCUGAUCAUCUCCACGUCGCUGCAGGGCGUGCUUUUCUGCCUGCUGGGUGCCCAGCCCCUGCUCAUCAUCGGCUUCUCGGGGCCCCUGCUCGUCUUCGAGGAGGCUUUCUUCACGUUCUGCACGUCCAACGAGCUGGAGUACCUGGUGGGGCGCGUCUGGAUUGGCUUCUGGCUCAUUCUCAUCGUGCUGGUCAUGGUGGCCUUUGAGGGCAGCUUCCUGGUGCGCUUCGUCUCCCGCUUCACCCAGGAGAUCUUCGCUUUCCUCAUCUCCCUCAUCUUCAUCUACGAGACCUUCUCCAAGCUGGCCAAGAUCUUCCAGGAGCACCCCCUGCACGGCUGCCUGCGGGUGAACGGCACGGGCGCGGAGGCAGAGGCGUGGAGGAACGCCAGCGCAGCCCCGGCCAACGGCACGGCCGGCCGCGCCGCAACCAAGGUGACGGGGCAGCCCAACACGGCGCUGCUCUCGCUGGUGCUCAUGGCCGGCACCUUCUUCAUCGCCUUCUUCCUGCGCAAAUUCAAGAACAGCCGAUUCUUCCCCGGACGGAUCCGGCGGCUCAUCGGGGACUUUGGGGUGCCCAUUGCCAUCCUGGUGAUGGUGCUGGUGGACUACAGCAUCCAGGACACCUACACGCAGAAGCUGAGCGUGCCCAGCGGGUUCUCGGUGACGGCCACGGACAAGCGGGGCUGGGUGAUCAACCCCCUGGGCGAGAAGAGCGACUUCCCCGUCUGGAUGAUGGUGGCCAGCGGCCUCCCCGCCAUCCUCGUCUUCAUCCUCAUCUUCAUGGAGACGCAGAUCACCACGCUGAUCAUCAGCAAGAAGGAGCGGAUGCUGCAGAAGGGCUCUGGGUUCCACCUUGACCUCCUGCUCAUCGUGGCCAUGGGCGGCUUCUUCGCGCUCUUCGGGCUGCCGUGGCUCGCUGCGGCCACGGUGCGCUCUGUCACGCAUGCCAAUGCCCUCACCGUCAUGAGCAAGGCUGUGGCGCCCGGGGACAAGCCCAAAAUCCAGGAGGUGAAGGAGCAGCGGGUCACGGGGCUGCUGGUGGCCGUGCUCGUCGGCUUGUCCAUCGUCAUCGGGGACCUGCUGCGGCAGAUCCCGCUGGCCGUGCUCUUCGGGAUCUUCCUCUACAUGGGUGUCACCUCCCUCAACGGCAUCCAGUUCUACGAGCGCCUGCAGCUGCUGCUGAUGCCCCCCAAGCACCAUCCUGACGUCACCUACGUCAAAAAGGUGCGCACGCUGCGCAUGCACCUCUUCACCGGGCUGCAGCUGGCGUGUCUGGCCGUGCUCUGGGCCGUCAUGUCCACGGUGGCCUCCCUGGCCUUCCCCUUCAUCCUCAUCCUCACGGUGCCACUCCGCAUGUGCCUGCUCAGCCGCAUCUUCACCGACCGUGAGAUGAAGUGUCUGGACGCGGACGAGGCCGAGCCCAUCUUUGAUGAGCGGGAAGGUGUGGACGAGUACAACGAAAUGCCGAUGCCGGUGUGACCGCACGCCAGCCAGCAAACCACCCGCGGCUGCGGGGCCGGGCACGGCCGGGCCCCCCCUGCGCUGCCACCCUGUGCUGGGGACGGGGGCAGCGGCUGCGCAGCCGUGCCCAGCCGGGGACAGGCACCCCACGGUCCCCGUGCCUUUGGGGGGACACCUGCCAAAGAGACGCUGGCCGGCAGCCUCGCCCCGCCGGGGACCCCCACACACACCUCUCCCACACGGUACAGGGCCGGGCCAUGCCUUUGGUCCCCCUCGGGCACAUCCUGACCACGCCACGGGGCAGAGCCCCCCUGUCACCCCCAGCAGAGCUGCAGGUCCUGGCCCUGCCCCAGCCCCAACCCUGGGCUCCUGCCAGACAAUCAGGUGUUGCCUAAAUCCCACCGUGUUUUAUUUAACAGUAAUUUAAAUGGCAAUAAACGGCUUUAUAACGAGCA